AUGCGCACUCGCAAAGCCAACAAAUCCAAACGAUUCAGUUUUGCUGACACUUAUGGCAUCGAGUCGGACGAAGAUACGGAGGGCCCGGCUGAGGUCCUGGAUGCUGAUGAGGACGAUGAUGUUGACUUUGAUGUAACGAAAGAUGCCGGUGAAGGACAAGGCGGAAGUGACGAGGACGAGGACGAAGAGGAUGUGCAUGAUGAGGCUGCUGAGGAUGAAGAGCCAUUGGGCGAUGCAGAGGAGCCUGACGCGGUCGAUGGCGAUGACAUUAUCCGCGUCAAUUCCGAGGACGAUGACGGCACAACCAGCAAGCUUCACAGCAGGGUUCCAAGAGGGAGAGGCAGGUGGAAGAAGAACCUCCCCAAGCGUGCGACCGUUCAUGGCGUGCCUCCAUACCCGACGGACCUGCGGAAAACGAGAGUGUACGACGGGCCCUUGAAGCGAUGGACCCGGGGCCACCAGCUUCUCACCAUGCUCUACGGACCUGACGUGGCACGCAUCACAAUCGCAAGAGGUAUGCUCAGAAAAUGGUUUAUGAACCAGGUGCUGCCUAACAAGUCAUACACCGGCAGAGGUGGUGUCAUGCAGAGUCCCUGGCUGGCCGAGGACUACGAGGUGAAACAGAGACACUGGGCGAGGACAUGGUAUGAGAAGUGCCGUGCUGCCAAGCAGCUACAGCGCUCACGCAAAAUCCGGCCGGAUCACGUCGAGAUGUUCAAGCCAGCCUCAGAUAGCUUGAUUUGUUUCUUGGGCCCCUUCAACGACCAAAAACAGGCGCGAGCGAGCUAUGGUUUUGGGCAUCCUGUCUUGGAAUCUGGACAGACGCUCGACGCGAUCGAUCCAAGCUUACAGCAUGCUACGCCUGCUAGGGGUUGGCUAUUGGAUACAGGCGGCUUACCCCUAGGCAUCGGUUGGGCGCCGGUAACGGGAUAUCAGGAGCAGUAUCUGGCAGUAUGUACGGUUCCGCACUCAGACCAAGAGCUCAAGCUGUCGCGGUCAUCAGAAGAAGACCCAGAAGAGAAGAAGAGGGGCAGUAUCCAGAUAUGGUCGAUCCCAUGUCACAAAGAUGACGGUGGCCACGCCCGCUUGGUGCAUCAUCUUUGGUUCGACUGGGGUCGACCAAAGCGACUACAGUGGUGUCCCGUCCCUCUGCCUGACAACUCAAAAGUCGGGCUGCUUGCCGUCUUGUGUAGUGAUGGCCAAGUUCGCGUCGUGGAGGUGUCAAAACCGGUUUCGGAAGAAAUAAAUUAUGAAUGGGUCACAAAUCCCGUCGCCACCCUUGGCUUCACGGAUGAGUACAUGGUUCUCGCAACCUCUCUCACCUGGGUCAACAUCAACCGCCUCUGCUUGGGCCACACCGACGGUUCAAUCAGCCUCUGGUCUAUUUAUCCUCGGCAGAUGCUAAUGCGGAAAUCUGUCCACAUCAGCUAUAUUCUCGACAUCGCCAGCGGCUUUCCUUCAUACCCCUACCACAUUGCCUCCACACCCGUGGGCGGUUGCCCAACUGUGACCGACCUCAAUCUACCCAGCGCCGAGACCACUUAUAUUCCAAUGGUCGGCGCCGUCAAUUUCCAGAACAACCUCGUGGACUGGAACGACCAUCUACAAGGCUUCUUUGGCAUGCACCCAGCCCCAAUCCCGCACAACACCAUCAUCGGCUGGGGACACAUCCGCUACUACAUGCAGAGCCGCACGCUCAUGACGACGCCCAGCCCGCCCAUGUGCCUCGCGUCCGGAAAGACCCACCCCUUCACCCUGGUCGGCUGCGCGGACGGCAGCCUGUGGGCCAUAAACCCCUUGCGCAUCCUGCUCAAGGACCGAGGAGACCCCAUCUACAAGCUCAAGGUCCUACAGCACGAGUUCCGUCCGGCGGCCAAGCUCGGCAGCAUCCCGCUGCAGCCGGGCGAGGUCCUCCGUGGUGCGGCAAGGAUCCUACAGGGUUUCUUACCGGAGAUGAACAGCAACCCCCGCGCGGAAUACGUGAGGGAGCAGAACAAGAAGAGAAAUGAAGCGAACAGGAGGAAGUCCAAGGGUAAGGGGAAGAAGAAAGCCCUAGAUGCUGGCGACAUGGAUACGGACGACGAGGACGAUGGGUUAACGAAGGGGGAGGGCAAGGCUCUUUCGAAACUGUUGGACGAGACCAGGGCUGUUGUCCACGACGCAAGGACGAGGGUCGUGGUGGCGGCGUGGAAUCCUAAUGUUGAGUAUGGUUGGUGGGCGGCAGCCGCACUGGGAUCGGGGCUGGUGAAGAUCAUGGACCUUGGGGUCGGAGAAUAG